GAUGGAUUGUUCCUGCAGAUGUACUCGCGCUGUUCAAUGCCAGUGACAAAGGAAACGCCAUAGUCUGCAGCAAUGCGAUAGGCUUUAUCAAUUUUGAAUUAGCGGUACGGCUUGACAGCGAGCGCGGAGGUUGGCGCAUCAGUUGAAUAUUGGCGGGGAAUAUGCAGCAGGGUGGAGUCGGGAUACAGUGAAGCUUGGCUGUUUGUUAUUGGCACUGAGUACGCUGUGAAAGAGGACGUGAUAACGACAGCUCGUGUUGUACAGAGACUCCACAUCAGGCGUGGGUUUAGUUUUUGACUGAUUUGGACACUGACAGCAAGCAGUUUAAACUUAGAACCGGUUAUAUUAUCAGGAAGUGAUAUUCUGGAGUGAGUGAGUGAGUAGAACGGAAACUGCAGUCAUUGUUGCAAAGAGGAACCUGUGGACUUUCUUCCCGGAUUAGGAUUAACGUGGAUAAGGAUUAACGUGGAAGUAUGACGAAGCAGGGACACUCCGGGAUGGUGCAGGUGAUUGACGGGAAGAAGAAGCCUUUGUGUAGAAAGACUGCGUGUUACAAGUUCACACUGUUCAUAGUUGCGGUUCUCUUGGCGUCUCUCAUUGUAUCAUGCGUCAUCGUUGUAGUCUUGCGUGGCCAAUUGAUAGAACCAGAGAAGGUGAAGGUCACGGUCGGCAACCUAGAGCUUGAAAUAAAGAGAAACGUUUACGACCAGCUGAAUAAUUAUUAUCGCAUGCUCGACGUCGACGGAAACGGAACCUACUCACUUCAAGCGGCGCAAGCGCACUUCAACUCUAUGGACAAAGACAAUAAUGGAAUAGUGACGUCAAAGGAGGUGGCGGAUACCAUUGGACGACAGUACAAGUUUAUCUUCGAGGCAGAGGAUUUUGAUUCAGAUGGCGUCAUCAGAGCCAACGAUGUCACCGACGUACAUAAAAGAGUGGACAUCGACGAUGAUGAAUUGGUAUCAAAAGACGAAUUUGCUUUUUACCAUGAAAUGGCUCGCCGAGCAGCGCACGACCGAGGGGCUCUUUAAAAUACAUGCGGUUUCAUCCUCGUCAUAUCAACGACUGUUCAUCUCAUCUUUGAAAGCAUCGAUGCAUGUCCAAAGCAUUAAUGAAUGACAUUGGACACGUAUCUACUUUGAUAGUUACGUCAGCAUGUUAUUAGUAACAGUACACCUUACGUUCAUGCUACAUAGAAUCGGUCCUUGGUGAAAGAAAUUCAAAAGUUCUGCUUUUAAAAAAAAAUACUCCCGACAUUUGCAUCUCAAUAUAUAAAGCACAGAAGAGUUCUAACUCUCAGGCACAAUAUAGAAAUAUUUAAAUAAGUGGAGUAAGAUUGAUAUAUAUAUGGGCCUGUUUUAAGGUUAUAUGGGAAUUUUAUGGUGAUAGCCAAGUGGCUAUAUCAUUGGCAUCAAUCAACACUAAGCAAUAAUUCCUCCUUACCCUUCAGCAUGUAUACCUUUAAGCAUAAUACUAUUUAAAAGUUAUAAAUGCUUUGUACUGUCCCCAAACUUACCAUUAAUGCUAUUCUUCAUGUGGGAUUGGCUUUUAAACUUUUCUGUACUAGUAACUUCGAUCUUCUUACCUCACUUAGACAGACGGCCCUUGCGAGCUAGGCUGAUGGUAUGGCGUUUUGAAAAGGAUGACCCUGAUGUGUUGUCUAUAGCAUCAGAAUAUGACUGAUAUUUGGCGUUAAAAGCAAAAUGACCCAUAAGAAUCCAUUUCUAAUAUGACUGAAAUAAACACUGCCAUUUUGUGUACCGACACAAUGAGGUUCUGUAAAUAAAACAAAUCAGAAACAUAUCUUUGGAUCUAGAAAAAAUCUCAGAAAACACAAGAUCUGAAAUUUUAUUAUAUUAACAUGUGCAGAGCCAUUAUAUGAUUAUGAUUUGUCAGGGCAUGAAAUUGCACAAAACAAUCUUAGGCGCCUACUAUCAACCUUACAAUUAUCAUAUUCCACUUGCACAAAGCAAUCUUAGCGCGAUUGUAAGAUGGCUUGGAGUUUCAGCUAAGACCGAAAUCUUCGACGGUGGGAGUAAAAAUAUCUUUAACUCGACUCCUGUCUAUACAGUUGUCUGCAAAGUCGCAUAGUUUGCUGCGCAUGCCAAUACUGGAACCGGUCAGGACACACAACUCGUACAACCCGCCACCGCACCUUGUACAGUUUUUUUAAAAGGUCCCAGUAAUUUGAAGAAAAUGGUUACUAGGAUGAUGGCAUAGAAUGUUUUUUCUGCAUUGAUAUUUUCGUGAUUUAGGAAUUAUGAGUUUGAUAUUGCAACUAGAGAAAUACCUACUCAUGUUUUAUGAAACUAUUAAAACACGAAAAAAAACCAUUCAUACAUUUAACUCUAGAUUUAGUGACACAAUUAUUUGAAAAAUUAAAAUAAACAAAAAUAAUAUUUCCUUAUAAUACAUAAAUGUAUGAUCGUAAUCCAUUUUUAAGAGCUUUUCGUAAAAUUCUAAAUAUAUCCAACAUGUUUUGUUUUGCUAGUACAAGAAAAGAUUUUAUGACUAUCGUUUCAAAACACAGAAAGACAGGGGUCUGUAAAGAAUCCAGGGAAGGGAAAUAAGAACAAUUAAUAUAAUUUCGAGAAAGCAGUUUAAUAUAUAUUCACUGGGUAUAAUUUACAUUAAUAAUUAUUUCAUAAAAAGUGUGGAUUUUACUUUUGCUAUUUUAAGGAUAUUCACUCAAAUUUCAAAUGUCUCAUCAUGUGUGUGUCCUUGUUUGAUGAAUACUUGAAUGAAUUUAUUUAUAAUUCAUGUACUAAAACUGCUCGUACCUCGGCCCACUCGAUUAUACAAUUAAACCUGUAUGAUUUUGUACUUCAACUUGUAUUUAAUUGUAGAUUGUUUUAAUGAUGAUGAACCAAAGACAAAAUCACUGACACGAAUGUGACCCAAAAGAAAUACAGGCGGAGCUCAGUGAUUUUACAACAUUAAUACACCGGGCAAGUAGUUACUGUAGAUUCGACUCUUUGGGCGAUGGCGUAUACAAAGGGAAACAACUCCCAUCGAGAGUAUCAACUAAGAUUAGCUGCCCUUGAGUUAUCUUAAAGGUCACGGACGUUGCAGACAAGUUACGUUUUUAUCCUUCCCUUGAUUAGCGAAAAGGUUUGUUGUUUCACACUUCUUUCAGCAGUGUCGGGU